CGCCGUCAUAUUCCUCCUCCGGCGGUAACUUAUUUCUCCCGACUCCCGAUAUUUCACCUUCCCCGGCACCUUACUCUUCGUGUCGACCUCGCGUUGUCGCGGCAUUGAAGAGUUACCGGUCGCCUGGUCCCGGCCCAGCUGACCCCACAUCCAUCUGUUGGAUUCCAAGGAGCCCGUUUCCGUGAGCAAUCUGACAGGGCUGCUAAAAGUGAAGAAAUCGAAGGAGUUGAGAAUGGUGGCCUGUAUCGACUGUACGACUGUCGAGCCGUAGUCAAUCUCGAAGGAAAUCUGCCAACUGCACAAGCCUUUUGCCCAGAGCCUGGCACAUCUUUCGGUUUCGAAGGUGAGUCUUGUAUUACGAGUCAGGCCUCCUUUUUUUCUGCUGGGAUUGGGAUCCCCGUCUUCUCGAGUUCAACAGAUAUCUGAAGAAGAUGGUAAUUCAGCAUCUUCCACUUCUCUCGAAGAAGUACAUUGUACUGGCUUCAGCUUCUCCUCGCAGGGCUGAACUCAUCCAAGGCUUGGGCUUGAAAGCAGCAAUUCUUCCCUCUACAUUUGCAGAGAAUCUUGACAUUUCUUCAUUUCCGUGUCCGGGAGACUAUGCUGUCGCUACGGCAAAGGAGAAGGCACUAGAAGUCUCUAAAAAGGUCCAGAAUGGCAUUCUUGCAGAUCUUGUCAUUGGAGCAGAUACUGUGGUCGAGCUAGAUGGAUCAGUAUUAGAGAAGCCAGCAGAUGUGAAAGACGCUUUUCGGAUGCUGUCCAGUUUAAGUGGUCGGCGGCACAAAGUUUACACUGGGGUCUCCCUCGUACUCCCUAAGAUUCGCGACCCAGUAUCAGGUCGACAGCCAUUAGUGCGAGCCUUCUGGGAGGAAACUCAGGUAGAAUUUGCAAAGUUGGAGAAUGAAGCUAUCAGUGCCUACAUUGACUCUGGAGAACCCAUGGACAAGGCUGGGGGCUAUGGGAUACAGGGAAUUGGAGGUUCUUUUGUGAAAGGUAUUCAGGGUUGCUACUUCAACGUCAUGGGCUUUCCUGUGCAUCGUUUCUCUGAGGAAGUGGACUCUUUAAUCAAAGCUGGUCAUUUCGAUCAUGUAUCCGAACAUAUAGAAGCUUAGCUAAAUUAUCCUGCAUCUUAGCUGUAUCAGCUGAUGUUAUUGAGCCGUAGAGAAAAAAGUUUUUGUGAUGCUUACAUAAAUACAGCAUGGCGAGGUUAAAUGAUGCCUCAUGUACCAUGCGAUGUAACGUGACAAUCUCGAUUUUUUUAAGAAAGUAAAGCACUCAUUCCAAACAAUGUCAAUCCUUGCUGCAUGAGAAAUUUGUAAGGAAUCUAACAUAGAAGGGAAGUUUGUUUCUCAUCUGAAACGCCUGGAAGUCUAUAAGUAACCACGGGCAGUCACUUUUUGAACAUAUAUACACUGCUUAUCCUUGCCGAUAUCAAUCGUUAUGAAGUCAAACCUCCGGUUACAAAGACAUAAACUAAACGGAUGUCUUUUCGGAUUUAUAUGAAUACAAGACGGAUCUCUUUUCGUUGUAAACAUGUUUUGUAAACAAUACU